UUUACUUAUUUUCGGAACCAAAAAAAUAUGCAACGAUAAACAAGAACAUAUCCAAACAACCGCCACCCGAACACCAUGCAAAAGAAAGCAAUCCAAAGAAGAAGAACUCAGUCUCCAUCAGGGACCAAAACCAUGAAUACUCCGUCUCCAUCGCCGGUAUUUCUCCCCGAAGAACUCAUCGCUGUAUUGCUUUCCUUCCUUCAGGUUAAAUAUCUGAUACGGAUGAAGUGUGUGAGUAAGUCUUGGAACUCCCUAAUCUCUGAUCCAAGAUUCAUCAAAAUGCACCUUCAUCAAUCUGCACGAAAGCCACACCUAGCACUUCUAUCAAUGUAUCAGAAGCGUGUCAUAACCGUCCCCGUAAGUCGGUUACUACAGAAUCCUCCAUUCACCAUUGCCGCAGAUCCUUCCUAUUCAUGGGAUUUUAUGUACGUUGCUUCUUUCGUUGGUUCUUGUAAUGGAUUGUUAUGUGUUAACUAUCAUGCUUACAAGAUCAGCGAAAAAAGUUCUCUUCAUUUCUAUAACCCAGCCACAAGGAUACUAUCUAAAAAGUUUUGGUAUUCUAACGAAAAUCUGAAGAAUAUGUAUCCCAUGAAGAGGUAUACUUUUGGUUAUGAUAGUUCGAGUGACACUUAUAAAGUGGUGAUGUAUGGUUUAUUUUCUGACAGUAAAACUAAAUUGAAUGGAACCCGAGUUAGGGUUUUCAGUUUGGGUGAUAAUGUUUGGAGAGAUAUUGAAGAUAUUACUGUAGCUUUUAUAAAUCAUGAUGUUUAUUUUAGUGGCAGUGUUAAUUGGUUGGCACUUGAGAAUUGCUUCAAUCAGCUUGGCACUUGGAAUUAUGAUAGCAAGUGUUUUACUCUUGGUCAAUUUGUGAUUCUUUCACUUGAUUUGGGUACUGAGACAUACACUAGGUUACUUCUCCCUCGGGGUUUUGAUGAAGUGCCACAUCUUGAGCCUGCGAUCUGUGUGUUGAUGAGUACUCUUUGUUUUUGUCAUGAUUUGAAGAAAACCGAUUUCGUUAUAUGGCAGAUGAAGGAAUUUGGAGUUGAAGAGUCUUGGAUGAAACUCCUUACAAUUAAUUAUCAGAAUCUUAAACCGAUAUCAUGGUUACCGUUGCACCUAUCUGAGGAUAAUAAUACACUUGUAUUGGAAAACAAACAAGAUGGUCAUGUCACCAUCUAUAAUUUGAGAGAUGGUAGAGUAGAUAGAAUUAUUACCAGUAGAGCAGGCUUGGCCCAUUCUCAGAAUCAUGUUGAAAGUUUGGUUUCGAUUUGCUGA